CAUCACAGAAGUGCGCGGGUGUUCGGUGGCCGCCACACGCUCGUCGCGUGCUCCCCCCCCCCCCCACCCCCACCCCCCACCCACACCCACCCACACACACACCAGCGGAUCAAGAUCCACCCAAGCGGAGAUAGGGCAAGCAAGGACUGCUUCUUUAGAUGUGAAUUCAUUACAGGAACCAGAAUCUUGGAAUGGUGGCUGAUGCGGAGAGCUCAGAUUCAAUGGCUGGCAGCUCAAGGUCUGCUGCCGAAAAGCACGUUGACAGGUGUCUUGACAAAAGAGCCCAGGAAAAGGCUCCAAAGAAAAAUCAUAAAGCUGAGCGAGAGAAACUUAAGCGUGAUCAGUUGAAUGACCUUUUUGUUGAGCUCAGCAGUAUGCUAGAUCAUGAUCGACAAAAUAGUGGAAAAGCUACAGUAUUGGGUGAUGCUGCGCGAGUACUACGAGAUUUAAUUACUCAAGUUGAAUCUCUUAGAAAGGAGCAAUCUACCCUUCUAACUGAGUGCCAAUAUGUCGGUUCAGAGAAGACCGAGCUGCAAGAUGAGAAUACUACACUCAAAGCCCAGAUAAUAGAACUGCAGAACGAGCUUGGUGCAAGGAUCAGAAAAAAUAACCUGAAUUUAAGCAGCCUUGGGGUGUCACAUCCAAUAGGGAGCAGCUGCACUGCUAAUUUAGCAACUCACCCAACGCGGCAUGAUAUAUGGAGCAAUACUUCUAAUGUAAGCACCAUGCGCAUGGUGCCCCCAACAAACACACUACCUCCAGUGCAGAAUCAGCAGCAUCACUCUGUUGUUUCUGGUCAGGUUGCAUCACGGCCUCAGGAGCUCCAGCUCUUCCCGGGGACAACAGCAUCCUCGGACCGAGAAUGUUCCGGAUAUAGAAGCAACCCAGCUACUUCUUCGAGCCUUGCGGAUUCCUUGCCUGGACAGCUUCGCCUCAGCCUUCCACCAACAUCACAAGAAGAAAGCAGCAGCAGCGGUGCAUCCGGAAAUUCUCCCUCUGUCAACUAAUAUUAAAGCGUUUAGAUUAUUAAAAUAGUGUUCUAAAUGCUCUUAUAUUAGUUUACGGAGGGAGUAGAAAAGAAGGAGAAACCGGUUCGCCAAUUGAGGGGUUACAAAUCAGUUCUUGGUGAUAACAGCUCUCCUGUAAAUACCAACAAACUACUCACCUUACUGAUAAAAAAAAAAACAAGCUACUCACCUUACCGAUCCAAACCUACUAGUUGCUCUAUAUGUUUAAAUAACUUUACAAUUCUGUUUUGAUAUAAUUUUGCUGCAGGCUAAUCAUAUUUGCAAUAUAGAACCCACUAGUUUAUGAUAAUAUAUUCGCCAAGGUUUUCAUUUG